GUGCUAUUCACUGUUAUUUGUAAAUAUAUAACCCAUUUUCAGGAAUCGUAUUUAAACGUUUGUUUCCAGUAAGUAAACUUUUAAAAAUACUAAUAUACUAAAUAUAUUAUUUGAUGACUUUUUGUGAUGAAACUAAAGUCAGAUUUUAUAGGUUAUCUUCUCAUCUUAUUUGGAAAUGUCACUUAGUAAUGUUCUCCUUUGGUUUCAGUUACAGUACUAUCAUAAUCCAUAUUUUAAACGAGGCUGCCCCCAUCUUUUAGUAAGAAUGAAAAGAAGAGUUGGGAUUAAAAAUUCUUCUACAGUUUCAUUAGUUCAGGAUUUCAACAAGAAACCCUGCAGAGCAGGGGAUAAUGUGGAAAGUCCUAAUUCUGGUUUUGUUGCUGAAAGUAGUGGAGAAAGGCGAUGUUCAAACGCCACCAAUGUAAAUGUGCCUCUAAUAAGGAAGCCUUCUCCCAGCCAGAGAAUUGCUACUACAACGGCCCCUAUGAGAAGUGAUUCUCCUGCAUCAGCAAUGUCAGUUGGACCAUCAGAACAAAUUGGAAUGGAGCCACAUGCUAUUUUAAAGCAAGUGACCGCUUUUCACAUGCACUCACAUAGCAGCUACACUCAAGCAAAUGGCCACAUUGUGAACUUUGUUACAACUACAGCUUCUCCAUCUCAGUACCGUAUCAUAUCUCCCUUACAGAGCAGUUAUUUGGGAAUGAUGGUGGAGCCUUCCACUUUUCCAACUAGAUAUGCUGAUUUGUCAGCCAGUGAGGCUCGUUUUUCUAACCUGCAACCGGCCGGCAACCCAUGGUGCACAAUGCCAAUGAUAGGUGAUACUUCUGCUGCCUCACUUUCAAGGUCAACUCAUCAAGCGUCUCCAUCGUUUGCACCUCAUCCUAAUUACAACUGAUAUGCCAAAGGACUGUCAUUAUGCAAGAUAACAAAGGUUUUCAUUUGUUAGCAAUUGACCACAUAUUGGC